AUGUUGGAAUGCAUAGUGAUUCUAGUAGCUAAGAAGAUGCAAGAAGUUCUAGGAUAUAUANUGGUUGAUGAAAAUGAGAAAUUAAACAAGUAAUUGAACGAGUUGAAGGUCACUAAAAGAUCUAAUGAAUUUGUCGAAAUUAAGAGAUUGCAGUAAGUGAUCGAAGAGUUAGAAGUUAAUUUAUCAAGGAAAACUAGAGAAAUCGAUGAAUUAAUGGCGAAUUCCAAGGGUAGUCUCAGUUUAAUCCAGAAUCUAAGGGAAAAACUUAAAGACGUUGAAGAAGAAAACCAUAGAUACAACAAUAUAUUCUUCCCUAAAUAAAAGGAUAUCGAGCAAUAGACAGGAAAAUUACUGGAUGAGUUCUUGCAAAUCAAAAAAGACAUAGAUACAUACAGUUCUUUGUUUAAAAUGGAAAGUUAAAUUAGAGAAAAAGCUUUGAAAAGCAAGGAGUAGUCAGAAGAUUAAGUCUAAAAAUUGGUUGAUAUGUUAGGAAGAUCAAAAUAAAAAGUAUUUUAAUAUAAAAAAUAAUAAAGAAUAAGGAACUCCACGAAGUCAUUAAGUAAAAGGAAUCCAUUAUAAAUAAAGUCUUAGAAGCAAAAAGAUAGAAUAUGGAUGAAAUUCAAAUGUUGAAUAAAGAAAUUGUUAUUCACAAGGACUAAGUUCAAUAUGAAGUAACUUUAUUAUGAUCAUAGUAAAAUAGAGUCAAAGAGGUGCAAUAGUAUGAUAUAUUGGAGAAGAAGUAUUAGGAUAUGUUUGAAAUCAACACACAUUUCAAUAAACGAAUUUACGAACUUGAAAGAUAGAAAAAAGAGCUAUUGGAUAUCUUAAAGAAACAUGAUAUUGAACCUGAUCCAACUAAAUUAAGUUUUAUUAAUGAAAUAAUAUAAUAAUGA